AGUUGCUCAUCAUGGACCCUCUGAAAAGAAAGCGAUCAUCCCCUCAACCCUCACGACGCUCCGCAAGACUUCAAGCCCUUCAUUCAAGUGAAUCCAGCGGUCUUCUCACAGCCGCCAAGGAUCGCAUCGCUCACUAUACUGACCAGCAGCGCCCUCAUGAGGACAAGCUGAAAGCAGCACUUGCUGCAUUUCUAGACUGGCUGCCUGAUGGUGGUAGAGAGUCGGUCGCAAGAGAUAUCGUCAACGCAACCACUGACGACCAGCUGCACGCUGUCUUUUACAACCUUUUGACAGGCCUGGUCAUGCCGAUGAAAGUCCGCUCGGGAAGAAGCUCUAUGGGAAGCUCCCCUCACACCCACAGGUUUCAACUCAUAGAGGCCGUCACCGCCACCCUCAACCAGCCCAGUGAGCACCAGGAGAGUUUCCAUGAUCUUUGUCUAAAGCGUGAUGGCCACUGCUGCGUGGUGACAGGAGAGAUGGACACCAACACAUGGAUAGAGAGAGGGAGCCCAGAGGGCGUGGAUUUUGGCCCGGUUGAGGUGGCGCAUAUCAUACCUUUGUCAUAUGCAUCGUGGAGCAGAUCUACAGAAUCGCCAAGUCAGACGGCCAGUGCCUGGGAAGUCCUUUGGCGCUGUUUUCCUGGUGUCCGCCAGGCAGGUUUGAAAGUUGAAACCAUUAACAGCAUCACCAAUUGCCUCACGAUGCGCAGCCCCGUUCGUUCCGCGUUCGGCAAGUUCGCCAUCGCGUUCAAACCAACGGACACUCCCAACGUCUACGAGCGAGUUCUAUUCCGCAGAUACCCAAGUGCCGAGCGGCGGAGUCUGCCCGCGAGCGACCGGAUCGAGUUCAAUCAGGCCCCUGGCGCAGAGGACUUGCCACUGCCGUGUGCAGCAUUUCUGGAUUGUCAUUACCGCCUCGCCGAGAUUCUCAAUGUGUCUGGCAUGGCCGAGACGAUCGAUGAGCACUGGCGCCGAUGGGAGGACCUCAAGGGCAGCGCGGGGGAUAUGCUGCACCCGGACGGGGGGACUGACAUUGGCGGAUACCUGAAAGUCGCCCUGUGGGAGAGGGUGGCAAGAUGACUAUUAUCCUAUCAUAGCAGAUAUGAUCAGAUCAUAAUAUCUAAAGGAGAGGAUGCCUAUAGAUUAUGGAUUAUAGUAUUUUAGAAGUAGCUCUGAUGCGACUAUAUUUAGUUCUUGUAUUCUCCA